AUGGGUUUCUGUAGCAAUGGCAGAGAAGAGAGUGAAAUGUAUCACGCUCAAAUCCACCUGUACAAACACGUGUACAACUUCGUGAGCUCUAUGGCUCUCAAGUCCGCCAUGGAACUAGGCAUAGCCGACGCAAUCCACAGCCACGGAGAACCCAUCACCAUUUCUGAGUUAGCCUCUGCACUCAAACUCCACCCCUCAAAACUCUCCGUUCUCCACCGAUUCAUGCGCCUUCUAACACAUAAUGGGUUCUUCGCCAAAACAACAGUGGGGUCACAUAAAGGAGGAGGAGGAGAAGAAACACUCUAUGAUCUCACUCCUCCUUCCAAGCUUCUGAUCCGAACCGAGUCAACGUGUUUGGCUCCUAUUGUUAAGGGCGCGCUUCAUUCGAGUUCCAUCGAUAUGUGGCACUCCUCCGACAAGUGGUUCACUGAGGAUAAGGAACUCUCGCUGUAUGAGAGUGCCAUGGGAGAGAGUUUCUGGGAGUUUUUGAACAAGGCCACUGAAUCUGAUACGCUUAACAUGUUUCAUGAAGCCAUGGCAGCAGAUUCUAGAAUGUUCAAGAUGGCUCUGGAAGAGUGCAAGCAUGUGUUUGAGGGAUUGAGUUCCCUUGUCGAUGUGGGAGGUGGAACUGGUGCUGUCACGAGCAUCAUCCAUGAACUCUUCCCUCACAUGAAGUGUACGGUGUUUGAUCAACCGCAGGUUGUGGCUAACUUGACUGGAACUGAAAAUUUGAACUUUGUUGGUGGGGAUAUGUUCAAAUCCAUCCCUUCAGCUGAUGCAGUUUUGCUCAAGUGGGUUCUGCAUGAUUGGAACGACGAGCUCGCAGUGAAGAUAUUGAAGAACUGCAAAGAAGCCAUUUCAGGGAAAGGGAAAGGGAAAGUGAUAAUCAUAGACAUAGCAAUAGAUGAAGCAAGUGAUGGUCGUGAAUUGACAGAGUUGAAGCUCAACUAUGACUUGGUGAUGCUCACUAUGUUGAAUGGAAAAGAAAGAGAGAGAAAGGAAUGGGAGAAACUUAUUUAUGAUGCAGGCUUCAGCAGCUACGACAUCACCCCCAUAUGUGGCUUCAAAUCUCUCAUCCAACUUUAUCCUUAA